GCUCCCGGAUCCGCAGCAGGAUGAGGGCGGCGGAGCUCCUGGUGCUGUGUCUGCCAGCGCUCCUGGUGCAGGGACAGUUCAGCAGGUUCGAGGGCAUCACCUAUCCCGAGCCCGCCCAGUACUCCCAGUACGACCAGCAGGCAGAAAUUCAGGAUUACUACGACUACCAUGAUGUCACUCCCCGAGCCCCAGAGGAGCAGUUCCGGUUCCAAUCCCAGCAGCAAUCCCAGCAGGAAACCGUGCCAGCCCCGACCCCAGCUGCGCUGCCCGAGACGGAGCCCACGGAGCCGGGGCCGCUCGACUGCCGGGAGGAGCAGUACCCCUGCACCCGGCUCUACUCCGUGCACAAGCCCUGCAAGCAGUGCCUGAACGAGAUCUGCUUCUACAGCCUCCGCCGGGUGUACGUCAUCAACAAGGAGAUCUGCGUCCGCACCGUGUGUGCCCACGAAGAGCUGCUGCGAGCCGACCUGUGCCGGGACAAGUUCUCCAAGUGCGGGGUGAUGGCCACGAGCGGCCUGUGCCAGACCGUGGGCGCGUCCUGCGCCCGCAGCUGCGGCGGCUGCUGAGCCCGGGACCGCUCCGGGACCCCGGGACCGCUCCGGGACAGCUCCGGGACAGCUCCGGGACCCCGGGACA